GCUCUAGAGUCAGAAAAUAAUGUUUUAUGUACUUAGUAACAUAUUUUCAACAACUUGUAACUCAAAAAACACUUUCCAAUCACUAUUAAAGCUAAUCUACGCACUUGUUGAUUGUUAUGCAUGAGAGACAGUGAAAAAAUCUGUAGAAGAUUACCCUGGUGUGGCACUGUGUGCUGAGAUUAAAUAUACAUACAAAUAUGUUUAUUUAACCAAUCGAUUACAUACUUCAAUAUUAUAAUCUCUUGUUUAAAAUAUUCAUAUUAAUACAAACAAAAAAGUGUUCAUUCUAAUUUAGUAAGUGAUGGUAAUUUAGGUUGGUUAUUAGUAAUAACUUAUUACACAUUAAUAUUUCAAUUUAAUCUAGGUAAAAUCGGUAAAAAAAUGUAUUUACCAGUUUUUCUAACUUUAAUUUUGAGUUUUUUAUCAAAACUAACAAAUUGUAAUGAAAAACCAGUGAUUGGAAUAUUAACACAAGAAGUUUAUUGGACUGGUUUUAAAAAUGUAGCACCAUCAAGUAAGUCGUAUAUAGCUGCAUCUUAUAUUAAACCAAUCGAAGCUUCUGGAGGACGAGUUGUACCAGUUUUCACCAACAGGACUACUAAAUAUUAUAUGGAUGUGGUGAGAAAAGUAAAUGGCAUUUUGGUCCCUGGAGGAGGAAGUGCAUUUAAUAAUAGUUUUGGAAUAGAUAAAUCGACAAAUGAAAUUUUUCAGAUUGCAAAACUUGUAAACAAUGCAAAUGAUCACUUUCCAAUUCUUGGAAUUUGCUUGGGAUUUGAACUUCUUUUAAUGGCAUCUAUCAAUUGGAAAUUUCCUUUUUCAAAAUGCGAUGCUCAAGAUAUCUAUUUACCUUUAACAUUAGUACCAGAAAUGGAAGAAAAAAGUGUGUUGUUUAAAAACAUGCCUAAAGAUAUCCGAAACAUAUUACUUACAAAACCAGUCACAGCAAAUCAUCAUUAUAAAUGUAUGGAGGAAACAAACUUUACAUUAAUGAACUUAAAUACAUUUUGGAAUCCUAUAUCAACAAAUAAAGAUAAAGAUAAUUUAACAUUCAUAUCCAUUAUAGAAGCAAAAAACUAUCCAUUUGUGGGAUUACAAUUUCAUCCAGAAAAAAAUGCCUAUGAAUGGAAAAAAAAUGACCCUCAUAGUUGGUCAGCAAUAUAUUCAGCACGCUAUUUUUAUGAUUGGUUUGUCAACGAAUGUCGUCAAAAUAAGCAUAGAUAUAUCAAACAAAGUCAGCUGGAAAAUGAAUUAAUUUAUAACUACCCUACCACUUACGUGGGGAAAUUGAAAUCUGUUUUCGAGCAAGUUUACUUUUUUAAUGAAUAAAUGUAUCAUUGGUUUGUUCUAAAUGGCAUAACUCACAAUAGUACUAUAAUUUUAAAUAAUAUAUUAUUCUAUUUCUUUAGAGU